AUGGAAGAUGCUCCCAGGUUUAUCAUCGGACACCAUGACCCAAAAAGACCCAUACCGGUCUUGAUGGAGACCAUACAAGAUGCUCAUGCGGCAAAUUAUGAUAUGGUUACGAGCCCCAUCACAACUCCCCAUUUUCAUUCCCGGGUUUUGACCUUACUGUCUUCGUCCCUUGCCCUUCAUGCAGAGGAAGACAUCACCAAGACUAAAAGCGCUUCGCCUAUUAUUAUCCCACCACUGACCCCAGCGGAUACCCCUUUGACGCCUGACGAGUCCAUCAGUCAGACAAUCGGCAUCACAAGCUCUUGGAUCGACCUUGGUUCUCCAGAUCCGAUAAUAGCAGAUAUAUCUCGACAAGUCCUUCAACUGGAGGUGGCCUACGCGGCCUUUUGCGGACUCACCUAUGUCCUGAUCUCAGGUCCUCUUCUUCGUGGUCAAGGCGUGUCUGACAGUGGGGUUGCCCAAUAUGCGAGAGCAAUCUCGGAUGCCCUGAGCCAAGGCCCCUAUAUGCAGCUUUACAUAUGGUUGCCCAUGAUCGACCAUUCCAAGGAACAGAUUGACCAAAUGGGCAACCUAGCCCCCUUCGCUCGCCGGCAAUUUCUGGAGCAGGACGAGGCUGAAGCCGAGCGGUUGGAUGUCUUUGGAUCCUGGGAGGCAUGGAACAUGAUUAGAUCGACAUGUAAAUAUCCCUCGAGAUUAUGUGUAGCAUUGUCUAUACCGAAGCUGCUGCCGCCCGUAGCCAUCCAGUCAAGAUGGUAUUCCGAGCCCGUUCGACUCCUCACCCUCGACAAGCAAGUGUUCGCUAAGAACGCCAAGGGCUAUCCUGUGCUAACUCGUGCUCACCAAGCCUUCGUCCUGAGGUUUGCCCGGCUCCGAUCGGCGCCAUGGUUCCUUCUGUGUGAUGUAGGGACUAUUCCCGGCCGCACCACGAACGGCAACAUGGUCAACCCAGCCACAGCUGGGACCAAUGCUUUCCCUACGCUCGCUGAAGCAGCACAGACUCCAGAUCUCAAAGAUGCGACCCCUCACCUCUCGUACAUGCGCAACCUGCAAACCAAACAAUCAUCACAGACGGCCAUUGAUCGCUUUGGUGCCGGCUACCAGGAUUACCUACAAGCGCCCUUGCAGCCGCUCUCGGUCAAUCUUGAAAGCAUUACUUACGAAGUCUUCGAGAAGGAUCCAAUUAAGUAUGCGUGGUAUGAACGCGCCAUCGCCCGGGCCCUGCACGACUGGAUUGAACAAGGAAAGCCAACCUCCAACCCGGACGGACGAGUUGUGGUUGCUGUGGUAGGAGCAGGCCGCGGACCGCUAGUAACCCGCGCACUCAAGGCAAGUCAAGACGUCGGCGUGGAGAUUGACAUGUGGGCGCUGGAAAAGAACCCGAAUGCAUUCGUCCUGCUGCAACGUCACAACAACACAACCUGGAACGGCCGAGUCAACUUGGUGAAGUCAGAUAUGAGAACGUGGAGGGGACCUAUUCGCGCUGCAAAUGCAUUACGGCCGACUCGAAUAUACAACACCUCGGCCGACAGUGAUGACGACGAUUUUGUUGUUGCCGACAGUCAGGACGACGACAAGAAGAGAGAACAAACUACAGGGAAAGAAUCAGUCACCUCACAGCCGACGUUCACAGGCUCACCCAGUCUCGACAGCACUUAUCUCCUGGCCACGACACCUCAGACCACGAUGCCAACACCCUACAAGAUCGACAUCCUUAUCAGCGAACUCCUGGGAUCCUUUGCGGACAAUGAACUGUCCCCCGAAUGCCUCGACGGCGUCCAGCACCUGCUGAACCCCGUGCAUGGCAUCUCCAUCCCCGCGUCGUACACGGCACAUAUCACCCCGAUCGCGGCGCCGAAACUACACGCGGACAUUCUACAUGGGAUGAGCGGUAACCCCAACGCGGGCGAGACGCCUUACGUGGUCAUGUUCAACGCGAUCGACUACUUGAGCACGAGGCCAGGUGCUGCAGACGCCGAUACACGCGGAGAGUGGUCAGGGACAUUUCAAGGUCAUCCAGCGCCCGGCAGCGACAUGGCAAGUCCUGCUUCGCCGUCCGAGACCACGACCACCGCGCCGACGCCGUAUUCGAAAGCCCACACGCGUCAAUCUCAACAAUCCAUGGCCCCACCGCCGCUACCGGCACCGGCCCCUGUGAUCCAACAGACAUGGGCGUUCCAGCACCCGAAUCCAGCCUUACCCAGCCUGGUCCCUUCCACGGUCGGCACGACGACAACGGAACCCUCGCUGACCAACAGCCACAACGCCCGCUCAUGCCAAUUGACAUUCCCCAUCCCACACCGAGGUACAUGCCACGGCCUUGCAGGCUACUUCGAAACCGUGCUGUACAAGGGCGUCGAGUUGUCCACGAAUCCGGACACGAUGGACCAGAAGAGCGAGGGCAUGAUCAGUUGGUUUCCCAUAUUCUUCCCCUUGAAGAUACCAAUCUUCCUUCCCGACAACUCCGAAGUCAGCUUGACAAUGUGGCGCAAGACCGACGACCGGAAGGUGUGGUACGAGUGGCUCGUCGACGUCUACAUUUUCCUCCCUUCGUCUUCGUCCUCGUCCUUGCCCUCACAAACUCUGUCUAAAGGGGAUUACACGGCGCAACAGCAGAGCAAGAGCCCCGACAACAGCGUCGGCGGCGGUGACAAAUUGAAGAGGAAAAGCGUCCCAGGGGCGCCACCACUGGCGAUACCACCACCACCGGGAGCACGAACGGGCACAACCCGCAGCGAUGCGGAGCGAGGCACGCGACCCGCCGCCGGGGCACGAGGACGCAGAAUGCGCAUCGGAGGGAGCGAGCUGCACUCCUCGGAGAAGGAGGCCUGUCUGAUGUAA